AUGACUUCUUGUAACGAGUUUUUUAAUCGUCUCCGAAAGCUUGCUUUCUCGGUGGAUAGGGAGACUAACGGAUUAAAAGAGGCCUUAGAGAAUUCUGAAGUAUCUACCUAUGAUGAAAAUCGAGCCUGUCUGUUACUACGUGAAACUUUAGCGGAAGUUAAGGAUCUGAAGGUAAUAUAACUCUGGGUAACUCCUUCUAAAAAUUAUACAUCGUGAUCGCGUCGGAAAUGUGGAAGAUUAUUUUCAAAUCCGCUUCUAAGUGAUAAACAAAGAAAAGUACAGUAAAAUUUCCGCACAGCUCCAUACUACAGUAAAACAAAUCUGUUUUCCCAGUGAAAAUGUAUUUUUUUUGUCAUUGUUUUCUCUAUCCAAGAACUGGAUGCAUAAUGUAGUAUGGGGCUGUGCGGAAAUUUUACCCAAGAUCUAUUUUGUGGACUGUGAAAACAACAUACGGAAACUGUUUCUUUUAUUUUUCUUUUCUUAUUUUCUCAUCUGUGCAGAAAGAAAUUAACGCUAAAAUUGAAGAUUCACACCAGCAAUGUACAUUUGAAGAGUUCAUGUCAGCCUGUUCAAGGAUCGUAAGUCAGACGAAAGAACAGAUAAAUGAACUUGAGGAUCAUUUGGUAAAAUAUGGAUAUACCAAAUCCAUGGGUAAGUCAUUUAAAAUAGAGGCAACAUCAUUAAAUUUCCCAACUAGCUAUAGGUAGAGGCUCACCGGAAAUGUGUUCUUUCAGGAAAUUUACCUGAUCUGACCAAAGUUGGCACAAGUCUUCCUGGAGGCAAUGGAAGGUGAGCCAAGUGGGAAGGACUUUAACAGAUUACAUUUAUUGUUAAGUAAUAACACCUUUUCACUGCCUUGCUUGGAUUCAGUUUAAAAGGAAGUGUUCAGUGACCCUCCCCACCCCUGCCCUUAGCCCCCCUCCCCCCAUAAAUAAAAAUUUUGUUGAAGAGACCAUGCUUUUUUUGCUUCAUGAUUGCUUAACAGACACUAAAUUUUCUGAUUCAGUGUUGCUAUGGAUACUGCUGUAAGCUCUGAGCAAUCUGAUAGUGGAGAUGAUGUGACAUUUGAGAAAACUUCAGAUACUGAGGAGAGUAUUCCCAUGGAAACAAACCAGCCUGAUCAGAUCAGUAGCAAAGGUAGCAAAUGUUGACAAGACUCAAGUAGCUGAUUCUUUUUGUUCAAUUCAGAACACUAAAAUGCACAUGAAACACUUUAACCUUUACACUUGAACUCCUGCAUGCAUAACUCCAUGGUGUUCUCUAUACACUCCCAAGGGUGUUGACAAGGAAAAUUUUUGAACAAUCAGAAGCUUUUUAAGUUGAUCAUUACCUUUAUUCUCAUGACCUUAAUGUGAGAUUCAGGGGUGAUGUUGUAAGGAGAAAUGAGAUGCCGUUCACUCAAAGGUUUAAGCAGUCAAGCUAGCUUGCUUAUAUUCUAAAACCAGUAAAACAGACGUUAAAUUCAUCUCUAUUCCCUGUUGUAGAUGAAAACCUUUAAUGACAUUUUUGAAGGGAAUGUGCUCUUUUCAAUGUAUGUAUGGUAUUGCUCAGAUAGGCCUGAGAUAGCCAUUGUAAGAAAUAAAAAGUGAUUCUUAGUGUCUUAUCUAAUUAUAUACACCAAAUUGACUUUUUACAGAUAAUGUUGAAGAUAUUCUUAAAACUCCUGAACCACCAGUGACGUUCACCAAAAUGAUUGAGGUCACUCCACAAAGAUCACAUGAUACCAAGGAUAAAGUACUAACAGAUACAGAAAUGAUGUCCUGUUCAACACCUGAAGCUCCACAAACCAACACACCCAUGAUAAAACCAAGACUAUUGGUUGAAUCCACAGAAUCUCCAAUCAGCAUCAAUUCAACACCACAGGGUUUCCUUGUCCCACCACAGCCUAUCACAGUCACACCAAUGCUUAAGCAUGCGGACCUUGUGGCCGUAACUCCACCUGGUUUGUCAAAGGGAAAAGAACAUCCAGAUCUACCAGCCCCACCCAUCAUGGGUACUCCAGGAUUCAAGACAAUUGUGCCCACAGGAGAGGAAUCUCCUGUCGUUGGGCUUGAAUUGUCCUUUAGUUUGGAUAGUCUCCCACCUCCCCCUGACAUUACAUCUGUUCAGCUCCUGAAGCCAGGUAAGAUAUAUGCUGUUACGUGAUUAUUUUUAAGGUAAAAUGUUGCCUUAUUACCCACCAACUUGCUCAGAUCUUGUCUCAACUCAACAUUUUCUUCUUAGUGUCUGUCUGUGUUGCGCAUACAAAGGAGACAUAGAAGGGGAAGUCACAUACCUAACUAAAGUGUAAGGGAAGCCUUGGGUACAGCUGUUAGAACCUUAAUUAACUUUUUUUUAGUUUGCAGCCAUUAUUUAUGCUUUUCACUCACUUCUGUUCCCCUCCUCACCUGAGAGUAAAGAUUGCAUGACAAACCUAAAGGAUGUGCAGAGAGGUUCUUCCUGCCAGUAACAACCAACUGAAGAGCAAAACCAGACCAUAAUGCAAAACUAGGACAAUUUGGGGGGAGCUCAGAGGGUUAUUUCCUAAUGAAACCCUUUCUAGAUAAUGUCGGGAUAUUCAAACAACAUGAGAUUUUCAUUCUUAAUUUGACAGAUGACAUAGCAGCUCCUAUUCAAAGCAACCAUUUGGCUGUAUUUGUACAGCCUCUUAGUGAACAAGAGUACAGUUCCUUACCAGUGUACGUAGCCAAUCAGUUUACCUUAGAAUGCAUCAAUCAGCAUCUCCAUACAAUAAAUGGAUUUUGGGCAGGUGGCAAUCAAGGUAACAUAAGAGGCAUUAAUUUUCCAUUUCAACUCAUUACAAAAAAUGUUUUAACUUAGUAAUUGGUAAAAGAACAUUUAAUUGUUUGUCAUUUGUUGUAAUAAGGAUUGUAAUGCACCAGUGACAACAAACCAUAAUACACCAAUAACAACAAACCAGCAACACAUAACCUUUCUCUUUGUCGCAUGACAAAGACUAGCAGUAUAGCAGUCAAAACAUCACAAUCAAUACACAAUUGAUUAACCUGACUCUUACACUGUGAGACAAAUGAUUAAACAUUCAUUUAUUUAUAAAAAUUCACAAUAGACUGCAACAAUUUCUAAUGUGUUAGUAAUUACACAGCAUGGUCUUAGUGUAAGCUUUAUGAUCAAUUUAUUGAAUGUUUUUUUUUCUUUUUAAUAUGGCUGAGUCCUAAGUGGUAUACAUAUAAUGAAAACAUAUUAUUUUCUACCAACACCAUUUGCAUAAGGGAAAAAAAUUCAACAUUUACUCCCUGUGUCUUUAGCAAGUAUUCUGUGGCAAAAUAAUAACUUUGGAAUAAUUUCUUCCCUCUGCAUGUGUCAUUGAGUCAAUCACACACUCUGGAGGGCUUUGUCCUUGAUAAAUAACAUUUUUCAAAAACUCCCUUGAUGGUUUUUAGAGGAGGGGCCUUGUUUCCUUUUGCCUUCACUGUUGAGGAAAUUUUGUCAAGGAAACUUUUCCAAAAGUUUUUAGGACAGUCUGGUUUUACUUGAGUUGGGAAUACUAAUACAGACACCACUGUAGACCCUUUUUACACACUGUUUCUAAGCCUUGGCCAUAAAUGUCUUAAAGUAAAUAUCAGGCUUUAAUCUUCUCUUCCUUGAUUUCAGUGCAACAUGAACCUGUCAUGGUUGAACAGGAUCUUAGAGAUUUGUUAAACUUGGGAGCAGCUACCAAGGCAUUCAUGUUGGUGUUGGUGAAAACAGGAAGGUUAAAGCUCACAGGGAAGAAGAUCAUGUUUGUGAACUCUGCAUAGAUCAGAUCUGAGCACUAAAUUAUAGCCCUUACGCCUUUUCCUUAAGAAUGACUGAGAAUAGCUCAUGUAAAGAUACUGACUGGAAAGUUUUUUAUCCAGGAACAUAUCCCACAGCACUUGGAUCAAAAGAAUAACCACCAGAAAUCAACAAAAAAUGUAUGAAUAACUUUAUUUAAUGAGGGUGAACACUCUACAGUCAUGAACUAACAAACUUGUUUCCCUCUCUAGAAAGUGACAGGGCUUGAAGAAAAAUGUAAUGCAAACAAAGCUUAAGGGUGCAUUCCUUGUAAUAGUUCAUAAUGGUGGUAAAUGUGGCUCACACACACGACUCUGACAAAGAAACUAUUAUCAAACAAAGUUAGGAUUCUGUGAUUCACCUGCACAUAAAAAAACUUUUUCACAAUCAGGGGGUUGGGUGAGGGAGGGCAGAGAAGAAAAUAGACCAAAAAAACUGCAGCACCUUCUGUGGAGUUUUAUAUUCAAGUGUUGGAUUUGAGCAUUUGAUGGAAGUGCACUAAACAUCAUCCAAGUUCUUUUCAUUCCCAUAAUAAUUUUUGUCUACAAUGAGUAUUCAUGUACUGUCAAAAUGCAACUCCACUCCUUUUUACUGAACAUAGAUGGUUUCAGAAACAAGACAAGAACUUACAAACAUGAUGAUUUACAGACAACAGUUAGACUUAACUUUUAUAUUUUACCAUUCAAUAUAAAACAAAACAUGUUGCUGCCAGGUUCUGGGGAAUAAACUCACAAACCCUACAUUUUAUUCCCCAGUGCCUUGUGCAGAGGUCUGUUGUUUAACAUUGAAUUUUGUAAUAUAAACUGGGC